UUGUGGAGGGGGAAGUUCUGCUUUGACGUGAGGUUCGCAAGGCUGAAGAAGUUUAGAAAAUGAUCGGCAAGAAGUGCCGGCCUCUCGUCCAAACGCGUUUCUGGACAUCAAAGUCCCAAAGAAAUUGGGACUUCCAAAUACGACGCUAUUCUAAAACUAUUGCAAAUGCGUCUGAUAUUGCAAUCUCAAGAACGAAUGCCACACCUACGGUAGAACAGAUGAAAGCUUGGAUCCAACAAGCCUCUUGUAUCAACACCUCCUGAGACAAGAUUCAAUGCCAAAAUGGCAGCCACCAACAGAACCUCCACAUAUACUCAGGUAUCGACGUCGAGCGAUCAUGACAGACCAAAAAGCGCAGAUGCUAAGAAAGACAUGUGGUCUUCUAUGCUUGACAGCGUGGCCACUGGAAAACAUCUGCCAGAAAAGAAUAUCCUCGUCCUAGGAGGGACUCCCGAAUCGCAAAGAGAGUUUCUAGAAGCACUUUCUACGGAUGAUUCAAGAAGGGCAGGAGAUCGGCAGAACAGCAAACAGCCCCCUAUUGCAAACAGCUUUGCCCUGGGUUACACAUAUCAUGAUGUUCUAGACGCAGACCACGAAGAUAUUCUAGCUCGCCUCUCUAUAUACCUCCUUUCGGACCCAUCUCCUUCAUUUACACCCCUGCUCCAACCACUUCUUACACCGGAGAGUAUACCGAAUACCUUGAUCGUGGUGCUCUUGGAUUGGUCACAACCAUGGUUCUGGCUUAGACAAUUACGAGAUUGGAUCAGGCUUCUCAGAACCCUUCUAGUCUCACUAGAUGGGGAUUGCAAGGAGAAGAUGGAAGAAGUCAUGAUCAGUUGGCGGGACAGGGGCCGAGGUGGGAACAGUUUAGAUGGAGCAGGCAUCAGCAGCACUGCGGACAGUGAUGUGAGCUUGCCACUAGGCCCAGGCGAGUGGGAGGAAGCUCUUGGUUUACCAUUGUGUGUCGUCUGUCAGAAUUCGGACCGGAUCGAUAUGCUAGAGAGAGAAAGUUCGUGGAAAGAAGAAGAAUUUGACGUUGUCUUGCAAUUUCUACGGACUGUCUUACUAAAACACGGCUCAUCCCUGAUAUACACAAUUCCUUCGGUUACCAGUCCCUUGCAGAGUCUGAUUCAUUCAUCACUGGGCAUACACUCCCUAUUAAAACGGCAACCUCUUAAGCACAAUGUCAUUGACCGCGACAAGGUCCUCGUACCACCGAACUGGGAUUCUUGGGGUAAAAUCAGAGUGCUUCGGGAUGGAUUUGAUGUCGAAGCAAUCAAUGGAGGCUGGUCGCUUGAUAUCGAGGAGUCCAAUGACUUUGCACCUGAUUCGCAUACCAACGGAACUGAGAGUCAAACGCCAACUAAUGAGCAUGCACCCCAGGUUAGCGGAGGAGCUGUCGAAGCAUUCGAAGAGACUAUUCGAGAUCCAAGCCUCGACGCUUUACAAGCGACCUCGGCUGAAUCCAAUGGCUACAAGCUGGAGGUCGACAGUCUUGAUACGCAAAAUUUUCUUGCUACUCAGAUAGAGGUGCUUGACAAGAUCAGAACAGGAGCCGACUCCAAUGGUAUGGAUAGUAGCCGUGUAGUCCGAGGACGACAAUUAUCACAGUCCAGAGUCGAUGACGGAGAUAGAAGCCCCACAGGUGAAGGGCGUGUCAGUGAACACAUUGGUCCUGUACAGUUCAACAUGGGAGGCAUCCAGGUUGAUGCCGAUGACAUGUUGCAGAGGUUAAGGGACCGUCAAAGCUUCCAAACACCAGAGCCAGAAACACCUAUGGGAAGCUCUGCCGACGGGAAGAACCAGAACGAGGCUCUAGCAUCCUUCUUUGCUGGGCUUAUGAAGAGGGGCGGCGGUAGCGCAACGAGCAGUCCUAGACCUGGCGCUUCAUAGCACGACUGUUACAUUCGGCGAUGUUGUAUUUGAUAUAGUUGCUUAGAAGAUUGAGCGUGUCUUGAAUCCAUGGCCUGGAGUUUGGGACCAAGUUACAUUGAAAUUUGCCAGUGGUUUAGAGAAUGAUGAUGCUGCAUGAUACCCAGCGGCUUGGUGUAAAAAUAGCAUUUACUUAGAAAUGGACAUGUAAGUGGUAG